ACAAAUCCAAAUGUUUGUUGCAUCGCUGGUUAUGGGAUUGUCUUGAGUGUAUUUCACAAAACUUGAGAUGCGAGUAUUUUUCCUUUUGGCGGUUGCAUAUGCAGUUUGUCAGAUGGAAAGUCAAGUUUCUGCAUCAGAUACAUCAUAUUCCGUGGGCAAGGAAUAUGUGUACGAUUAUGAGACCCAGGCCAUAACCGGUUUCCCCAAGGGCGGUAAGAUCUGGUCAGGUCUUCGGGUGAGCUCCCAGGUCAUUGUUCAGGUGUCUGCAGCUGAUCGGCUCAUAGUUCAGCUGAUUUCCCCACAAGUUUCCAAACUCAAUGAGGAGGUGGAUGCAGGUGAUCCGAGACAGGAACUGCUGCCAUCGGAACUGUUCCAAGAACUCUCAGAUGCAGACACCGAACGGCUUAAUCAGGACCUGCGUAAACCUGUCACUGUCAAGUACAUGAGAGGCCAUGUUCAGGAGCUUGCUACUGAGAUGGAUGACCCUGACCAUUCAUUGGACAUCAAACGAGGCCUGAUCAGCCUCCUUGAGUUAAACUUCAAUGAGAGACAGUCCCUGGACUCCGACAGACCGGUCAUCAGGGACGAUGGAAAGCCAGUCAUAUACAGAGUCAUUGAGCCCAGUGUCUCCGGUGACUGUGAGACCACCUACAGACUCUCUCACAACAGGAGCCUGGACGGUGACCUUGGCAUGGACAUUCUCAAGGUCAGACACCUGGACAGCUGUGUAGACACCGUGGUCACCAGGGCUGGAAUACUGGAGGAGAGGCCUUGCAGAGAAUGCAAUGACAAACAUCAACAAGAAUCUCUGUGCCCCUCCUCUUCUGUGAGGUACUCACUUCUAGGAUCCCCGGACCAGUUUGUGAUCAUCAGUGCCACUACAGAGGUCAAGUACAUAGCAGCUCCUUACCCUGAUCUUUCUGCAUCACCUGCAACAUACACCAGACAGAGCCUCAAUCUGAUGGUGUCUCGACCAAUCACAAUACAGAUACAAGAGCUCCAUUCUUCCCGUCACCAUGAGCGUCCACUGAAAGCUCAGGGCUCCAGUAGAAGAAAGGCUGGACAUUCAUUGGAAAACAGAGAUGCUUUAGUGCAAAAGUGCACAGAGUUGUUGAAAGGCCUUGAUCAUCUGAUUAAAGACGGAGUGAAAGAUGGGGCUGGAGAUGUACAGAUGGAGCUGUACACCCUGCUACAGCAACUAGACAGGACCGGCAUUGAGUCCCUGAUGGACCAGACCAGGUCCAGUAAGGCAAGGAAAUCAUUGAUUGACCUGCUUUCUACAGCUGGAACCUAUGCCUCAGUAGACUAUCUGCUGGAGAUCAUGGAUUCUGGAAAGCUGGAUUCAGUGUCUGCCUCUUUAGUACUUGCCCGUGUUGGACACUUCCCGAAACCAGAUGUCUCGGUUGUGUCCAGGAUAUUGGAAUUUAUCAGAAUAAAGGUCCAGAAAUUGAAGACUGACAAUCCUGUUCUCCGCAGAGCUGCUUGGCUGUGUCUUGGUGCACUGGGGAAUAAGCUGGUGGAGUCAAAUGCAGAGAAAGAAAGAGAACUCUUAGCUCAAGAGAAGAUCACCAAUGCAUUGAGAUCUGAUGCCAAUGAUGUGGAGCUGAGGAAAAGACUGGAUAGAAAGCUGGAGGAGAUCAGACACAUGAAGAGACAACAGAAGGAGCUGUAUGAUACAGAAGUGCUCAAUAUCGAGAAGAUGGUGAAGCAGCUUAUGUCUCAAGAAGACUCGGACUCUCAACGUCUGGGCCUGAAGGUGGUAGGCGCCCUGGGAUACGAGAGUCUGCUAGACACCCUGGGGGAGGUCAUACGGGACAGGUCUCACGGUCCAUUGAAACGACUGCUGGCUAUUGCAUCCACAGAGAAGAUUGCCAGUGUUGCUCCAUCCAAGGUCCUCAAGCUGUUGCUGGGUGUGUUCUAUGACAGGACAGAGCCAGAUGACAUAAGGAUCAUCGCCUAUUUGACAUCGCUGGCUGCCAAGCCAGACCAAUCAGACCUUGAGUUGGUGGCCAGGUCGUUGGAAGAUGAACCAAGCCUGAACGUUGGCUCCCUGGUGUACGCUUCUCUACUAGAACUCUCCAUGACAUCUAAAUCCUGUCUGGAAAACAGUUCCAGGAACAUCAGUUUGGCUCUGAGAUAUGCUAAGAUCAUUGACUCCCAGGAACAGAGGUCAAAGAUCAGCGUACAGUCAUCAUAUGACAAGGACCUGGGUGUGGGUUUUCUACGUCAGCUGGUGGUAGUGGGUGUGCCAGAGGAAAGUUUCCCGCGCGUUGUGUCUGUCAAGGUGUCCCCGUCCUUGUUGGCAAGAAACUCUGAUAUGCUGGAGAUUGGCAUGGUCUCUCAAGGCAUUGACAGCCUGUAUGAGGACAUUCUAGCCAACCAUGCCGACACUGAGCUGCAGACACUUGCACACAUGUUCCUGCAUGCCCGAUCUCCACGCAGUACCUCUAUACCCGAACAGAGAGUGGCUGACAUCAAGAAAAAGGUUGGGGUGAAGCCAGUUGAGCCAGUGAAGCUUGAAGGCCAUGUGUAUGUCAAAGUGUUUGGUCAGGAAGCUCUGUAUCUUGAUCUGGAAUCCAUAGCUGCUGUGACGUCAUUGGGACCUAGUCAGGGAGAAGGUAAACAAGGUGAGACAUUUUCAAUCCUGAGAUUUCUCAAGGCAGAAAUGGGUCUCCUGGACUCCCUUAAGGAUCUGCUGCAUAGUCAGUUCAGUUUUGCAGUGCCCCUUGUCCAGCUCCAACAGACCACAGAGUCCGGCCUCCCCCUGAGGGCGGAGCUCCACCUGCAGGGUAUUUCCAGUCUGCAGGGGAGCUUUGGAAUCCAGGAAAACCCCAGAAAGGCCAGGUCUGGUCCACUUAUCAGCAGAUGGGACGCCUUUGUAGACAUGAAGCCAAGCCUGUUCGUCCAAGCACAACCAAGGCUGGGAGUCCAGCUGAAGCACAUUACAUCAGGCCUGGAGCUCCCUGUGACAAUCUCGCUGGACCUUCCAGUGUCCGCUGUGGUGAAUGUGGACCCUGAGAAGUCCAAACUUCUCAUCUCUUUCAAAGACCAGAAGCCUGUGAGAGCAGUAAGCAUUGAGGCUCGCAUGUUUACAGUAAUAAGCAUGGACCCUACCUCUCUAAGUGCAUAUGACAAAAUCACAGAUCGCCGAGAAAUAAUAGCCGUGGAAGGAGCUGAUAUCACAAAGAUAUCAACCACAAUAGGAGACAUUUUUGGAAGGAGUUUAACACUUGAAGGGGAGAUAAGAAGUGUUAAAGACCAGUAUUCUCCAUUGCUGCUAUACUCUGGCAGGCAGUUUGUGCAAUUGAAAUUCCAACCACUGUCUCCAGCUGAUCUUAAUGUGCAGUUUCAACAUGUUCAAGUACUACAAGAUGAUGCCACUAGUUAUGAGGAUAUGGGAGACUCCAGCGAUGGUGGUGGGGGAUGGUUGUCCUCCAUGUACAACUGGCUCUAUCCCGGCAAACGGUCCCGCAACUCCAGACCUGAUAAGGACAGCCACACUUCUGAUGGUUCGGGAGACGCAUUCCUGAACAUUGCAGAAAAAGAUCUUUCUAUUGACUACCUAACAAGAAAAUUUGAAAAGGACACACCAAUAUAUUCUUCUGGAUCUAAGUGUGGUCUUGUGUUAAGAAUUGCUGAUGCUGGCACCCGGCCUCAAUAUGAAACACAGCUCUCCACAUUGUAUCAAAGGGAACCAACUGGGCAGAUUUCGUACACAGCAGAGUUCAAGCAGGCCCAAAGAAAAGCCAAGAAGCAGCCUUGGAGAAUUGUUGCUGAUAUAAAGUUAGAUGUUCCUAAGCAAGACAUUGCACCCUCUGACCUGUUCAGCUCAGUAUACCUAAAACAACUACAAGAUCAGAUCAAGGUUGCUGUUACAGAAAAUGGCGAAAAAGUUGACUCAUUGUUAGACCUUGUUUUUGAAUUAAGAAAGGAGGCAUCAGUGGACAUCAGAGAGCAAGCUAAGCCUUCAAGGCUUGACAACAUUAUUGAUGGUGCAGUGAGCCAAACCUUGCUUAGAUCAACAGACUCACAUCUGGAAAGAAGCAUUCAGCGGCAGAGAGAACUUAAAAAGGAAAUCAAAUAUCUCAACAAAAAGUCGUUGACAGUAAUUUCAGUGAAGGCAGAUUUAAGAUCACUUAGAGAUGUGAUUGGUAAAUCUGUGAAAAACAUUGAAGCUGUUGAAAAGGGAAUCGAUGGCAAAAAGCAUAAUGAACAAAGUGAGGAAGAUUCUGUCCAAGCUUUGUAUGUUAUUGCCAAGGAAAGAGGAUCACUAAAAAUAUUAGACAAAAUAUCUAAAAAGCUGCAGUCUUUAAUAAGCCUUCAAGAAGUAAAUGAUUUGUUCAGUCAAGUUAAAGACCUCAGAAGGAAGGUUGCUAAGGUUCAAGAAAAGAUUGAACAGCAAUGUUCAGCCAGACUAUCUCAUGAGAAAGUUUCAAUUUCUUCUCUAUCAACUGAGGAUAGAGGCUUGCAUGACUCUGUUGAGGACAUUGAUAGGCAGCUGACAUCACUCACAGCUUUACAGGAUCAAGAGAAAAAGUUCUCAGAUGAUGAUGGAGAAAAUAGCAAAGUAGUUUUAAGUGAUGUUUUUAUAAAAGCAGCAAAGGUGAGGGAUGAUGUUGAUGAGAAAUUGCUUCAAGAUUCACAGAUGGAUAAACGUCUCAGUGCAAGGUUAACAGAAGUUUUGCUCAAAAUGAAGAUGGCCACUGAAGAUAUUGAUUAUCAAGUACAAGAGUUGAAUAAAAAUAUUGGGAUAAGGGACAUGACCAAGCCACCAGUUGAUAUUGAUAAAAAAGACAGACAAGAUGUUGCUAAACAUUCUCUGUCGAGCCGGAAUGAGGAGGUACGGAAAGUAGCUAAACAAUUGGCAGAGAGAUUACAUAUAAGUAUAGAGGAAGAUUCGGAAAGAGAAUCCUUGACUUCUGAACAAAGGGGUAAUGAUCAGGCUUCAAUCAAGUCUUUAAUAAAACAACGCAUUCUACAGCUAAAAUCUCUAGAGUCGAUCGAGGAAAUUCUUGAAUCUUCCUUUGAGAAACAAGAAGUAUCAAGUGACCAGUUCAAGCAAAUUAUUAAAGAUGCUUCAAAAUCAAAAAGUGCUUUGAGCAUUAUUUUGGAAAUGGAAAUAAUGAAAAUUAAAGUUGAUAAGAGAAUUGAUUUAUCGCCAAUUUUGAUUGGGGCUGUAAAAUCCAUUGGACGAUUGUCUGAAAUUAUGGGCAAACUAAAACAAGUAAUCAGCUUAAGAGUGAAAGACCUUGCCGUAAGGAAUGAUGCCGAAAUCCAGAUCUAUGAAGCCCUUGAGACUGAUGUAGACAAAACACAAAUGGAUCUUGAUGAAUUGAUCAACAGAGUUAAAAGUGUUCUCAGGGAAUCCAGAAAAAUUUCAGAAGAGGCAGGACAAGAAGGGAUCUUAUCCGAGAGAUCCAACAUACAAUCUAGAGUUAGAUCCGAGGCAGCGUGUUCUCAGUCAGCCAUUUUGAAGCAAGCCUUAAAGGUUGAGAGCAGACAAUUGGGGGUUAAGUUUGCCCUUGCCAGUGUAAUGGAUAUGUUAUCAGGAGACAAUGAACAUGAGGAAAGAUCAAAGAAGGAAAGAGCCAGUCAGGACACAGACAGUUUUAAGGUUUCCAAAUCAGCCCAGGAAACAUCUAUUAAAGAAAGGUCCAGUAAAGACACAUCUAUUAGAGACAAGAACAGUCAAUACAGACCUACUGCAGAGAGAGCCAGUCAAUACAAAUCUAGCCAAGAUAGGGCAGGUGAAGAAAAGUCUAUAAGAGACAAGGAUAGUCAAGAAAAACCUAUUCUAGACAGUGCCAGACAAGAUAGGGCCAGUGAAGAAAAGUCUAUUAGAGACAAGGACAGUCAAGAAAAACCUAGUAUGGACAGUGCCAGACAAGAUAGGGCCAGUGAAGAAAAGUCUAUAAGAGACAAGGACAGUCAAGAAAAACCUACUCAGGACAGGGCCAGACAAGAUAGGGCCAGUGAAGAAAAGUCUAUUAGAGACAAGGACAGUCAAGUAAAACCAAGUCAAAACAUGGUAAGUCAAGAAAAACAUAUUAAAAACAAGGACAGUCUUGACCAACCAAGUCAAGACAGGGCCAGAAAAGAUAGAGCCAGGCAAGACGAAUCUAUUCGCGACAGAGACAGUCAAGAUAAAUCUAGUAAAGAUAUUGACAGUCCAGACCAACCUAGCCAAGCCAGGGACAGUCAAAAUGAAGACAGAGCAAGUCAACAUCCAUCCUUAUCAGCUCAGGACAAGGCCAGGAAAGAUGUGCAAUUGAAGCAGCUUAUUUAUGAAGUCAUGUCACAGCUGCAAGCUGCACAGGAUGACCUAGAUUCCAUCCACUCUGCAAUCCUGAAACAUUCUGAUCCGAGCUACCUUGCCUGCAUGUAUGAUUUCCAGUCAUUAGACCGUCUUGUCCAGAGGAUAGUGGACAUUCAGGCCCAACAGAUCUCUCUUGUGGAAAGCUUCGAAGAAGGCCUACAACAUAGCCCCUCUUCUAGCCUAAUAAGGAUUCAGCAGCUGCGCGACAGAAUACUAAGACAGAACCAAGACAUCAAAGCUCUCCAAGUCUCUUUAAAAGCAGCGCAGACGUCAAGUAAGCAGAAAGACGAUGGGAGAGGAACAAGUGAAGAUCUGUUGUCCAGGAGCAUUGAUGGGGACAGGGCUCCACAUAGCAGGGAUCAAAGGGCUGAGAGCAGAAUUUCUUACCACAGGGAAAUGACUGGAGCAAUUAAAAUAAGAUAUGGAGUCGAGAAUGGAAGAGAUAAGCUUAUUAAAAUACAGCUGAUAGCCCAAAAGUCCCUGGAGCAGUUGUUGUGGGAGAGAAAACAGUUGUCGCCCCUGAAACGAGAUCCCCUGGUGUUGAGUUACCUUGAUGACCAACGUCGCCGUGACGACAUUACCUCCCCCUACUACGAGCCCCUGCGACUGAGACUGAACACACUUAGACAUGUCCACAUCCUUGCUGCUUAUGAGGGUGGCAUAGGAGAGUCCGUUCGUGAGUUAGGCUGGAAGACCCAGGUGCUUAUUAAACUCAUGUUUUAUGACAAAAAAGUGACAAUAAGCAUGCCAGAUGAGAGCAACAUCCAUUACAUGGUUCAGCUGGUGACAGAACUUAACCUAGAUGACAAGCAUAUUGAUAUAGAAGUAAAGACCCCUUAUGAGACAAACCUGUUUCAACAGAUCCCUAUCCCCCUACAGGGCAUUUCUAGGGCACUGAGUCUAGCCUACCCCAGCAUCUCCGGCUCUGAUCCCCAGUCGAUGGCCGUGUGCCAUGUCACACCAGACAGAGUCAGGCAGACUACUGGGGGAACUAUUGAGCAGGAGGUGAGGUAUCCCCACUGUGAGACAGUUCUAGUAAUGGACUGUUCUAGGAGAGACACCCUGGCCAUCACUAGCCGACCAGCACCAGGGAACACCAGUAAACAAAUUGUGACAAUAGCCACUGAAGACAGAACAAUAGAAGUUUCACCUGAUGCAGAUUCUGUCCUGGUGAGAGUGGACGGCUCACUUGUUGCCAAGCAUCCUGAGGUCACUAGGUUUGAUGGUGAUGGGAAGAGGUCGGUGUCAGUGAGACAGCUAAGUGAUGGCAGGAGGGUGGAGGUGAUUCUCGAACAUCGCAGAGAGUCCGUGGUGUCCGAUGGAGUUAUCGUCUCCAUAAAGGUGCCGAGGGUUCAGCUUCCUACAGUGUGUGGUGUGUGUGGGUCUGUCCGAUCUGCCUCUGGGCUGCUGGGCCCAGACCAGGUCGAGUAUACUGACCCGGAUGCCUUCCUCAGCUCUUACCUGGUGCCUAGCAACCAUUGUGAUGCUACAGCCAUACAGGCCCGGCUGGGAGUCCCAGAGAGAAGACAAGAGUCCAAAUUGGUGCGCCCAAGUCAGCGGACAGAUGUCAAGCACAUGAUCCAGAACGGAAUUCCAAAGACUUGCUUCUCAACCAAGCCAAUCUCUGAAUGUCAACCCAACACAAUAGUGGAGAAGACAGAGAACAAAGUGGUCGCCUACGUCUGUGUGAGAUCCAGCAGCCCAUUGGCUGAGAAAUACCUGGAAAUAUCUCGCCUCCAAGUACUGGAUGAAGUUCGAGAUAGGACGCCAAGUAUAUAUGAACCUAUGAUUAUGCCCCAAGUAUGUAUUGCCAAUUAGAACUGUCUAAAACCUGAAUUGGAUUCUCGGUUUUGAACAUUAUUUGUAUAUUGUAAUCAUUCAUGUAUACUAUACAGUCUACAUUUUUAGCACCAAAAUUACCUUGUAUUAUUGAAUUGAAUGAGGAACAUGUUAGUGUUCAGUUAUGUUUUAUUCUAAUUAGUGUUUAAGUUAUUUUGUUAUGUUACUUUUUAAAUUCUUUUUUCUUAUGAUAUAAAUUAAGCUUGUUCAUAUGCUAUUCAAGCCUUUGUUAAGGUCUGAAAAUGCUGCAUUUAUGUAUCAUGCCAUGUAAGCUUUUUUUUAUUGCUUUUUGUCUCUGUUUUGCCUUAGUUAUGAUUUCUUAUGUUUAUAUUUUUCAUUAAAUUGUUAUGUAUUAAGUAAAAAUGUAUUUGAUCCAAAAUGCCUACUUUUGUUUUGUGAGCAGCUACUCAAAGACGGUAGUAUUCACUUGAACACUAUAGAAUUUAAACAGUGAUAUUUGAGAAUAUUAUUAUGGUAUCAGUGCCGUAGCCAGACCCAAAUUUAAGCCGAGGCAGUAUCUUAGGUCGUUCUAGGGGAUUUUUUAUACCUAGAACGUCUCUGGUGCGUUUUAAAGGCCAUUUAAACUACAUUUUAAUUUUAUACCUAAAUUAUAGGAAUCGUGGACGCUACAUAUUACCGUUUGGUAUCAAUAAAGUUAACAAAAAAAAUCUGCUACAAGUUUUAAUUUUUCAAUUUUAUAUUCUGGUACCAUAAACGGUGUUUGAAGUGACAAUAAUGUAACAAACUUAACUACAGAAAAAUAGUCAUAUACUUCAUUUGAAGUCAGAUAGAAAAAGCCAUAGUAUGUAUAAGGAUAUUAGAUUGCGUCACAGGGGCAAAUUGCUUAUCAUGAGGAGUACAAAUAUUUAACUUAAAUCAGUAAAGUUUUGGGCCAUUUUUUUCAAUUUUCUUGUGUAACGUUUUGUUUCAGCACUGCGUCAUCAUUUUCUGUCAGUUGACAGUUCUAUCAUCAACGUUUUAUCAUCAACUUCAUUAACUAAUAAAAAGAAAAGACUUGAACUUCUUUAUAUCAACAAAGUUUUUUACGCGGGAUAUCAUAAUUUGAAAAUUCUAAUGUCAACAAAAAUUCUUACCACCUGAAACGGUCCGGAUUAAACUCGACGCGGGCCAUAAAGAGGAGAAUUCCAAUAAAGCCGAAAACGCCAACCACCCGAAGUGUGUCUAGGUGGUGCGGUGGUCUAGUGGUAACACUCUGGUCUACCAUUCCAGAGGUGCCUGGUUCAAAUCCCGGCCAGGGCACUGGAAAUUUCAGAAUUGCUUCAAGUGUUUCCCACCCAACUAGAGAUGUACUGGUAUUAAACCCAGGUAAUUAUCGCGUGUAUCGGUGCUAUACACUGAGCACGUAAAAGAACCAAGGUAUCUAUUCGCAAAGAGCUAGGGUAUCGGACCCGGAUUCUUUGUAUCCCAAUACUAUCUCAUCUGCUUGCUGUCUCGUCAGCAAAACCAAAGGACCCUAUUGGAAAUAAGUGCUUGCACUUUCAUGGGUUAUCCUUGACCACAAGGUCAAAAUAAAUGCAUACAUACACACAGGUCAAAAAUAGACCCAGACCUGGCCGUAAAACACCCGAUCCUCGCUCGGUACGUUCCGAUGUUCACAAUGAUUGUAACAUCGAAGUGUACAGUGCGACGCUUUGUUUAAUACACUGAUUUUCCUAAUCAUUUUGCUGUGCCAUUUGGCAUCAAUUGAAGUUAUUAAAAUGAAAUAAUUAUCUGCCUCAACAUGAACCAAUUAUACUCAAUGAUAAUAUUUGUUUGUGAAUAUCAUAGUGCCUUAAAUUCAUAAAAUUGCCUCAAUUUCUUAUAUAGAUUUUAUUGUUUUACAUAAAUUGUCCUUUUCUUCCUUGUUAUCUCAAUAUUGCUCUGCAAAUUUUAGCUGAGGCAACUGCCUCGGUGUGCCUCGACGUGGCUACGGCGCUGGGUAUUGCUGCAGUUUUUUUUAAAGUAAUGCAAGCGCUUUAUAACGAUGUUUUUUUUCUGAUUUUAUGUUUUUAACAUUGUUGUUUAUUUCAGCAGUUUGUACUUUUAUGCUUUUAACGAUGUUGUUUAUUUCAGCAGUUUGUACAUUUCAUUAAUUUUAUUAAUUCAUUUGCAAGGUGGUUCAAUUUCCUCCUUUCUUUUCAAUUGUCUUAUUUAAACCUUAAUGCUUUUGUAAAUAAUAUAUGUUGAGCCAAAUAAGUCACAUAUCACUGUUUUGUUUUUUUGUACCGUAGUACUAGAAUAGUUAAUCUCAGGCAAAAACAUCCAUUGGUAUAUACUAGAACUUCUUCUUAUAAUACUAUUUGAGGUUUGUUUCUUUCUUGUCAUAUCUUUGUGUCCUCCUUUAUAACAUUUUUUUGAAUAUUGGAAUAAAUUCUUGCUGCAGAUCA